AUGCACUACAUCGCCUCUUUCUUGCUUGACGCUCUUGUGGGCAACUCCUCUCCUAGCACCAAAGACAUUAAGAAGAUACUAGACAGCGUGGGCAUUGAGGUGGAUGAUGACCGGCUCAACAAGGUCAUCAGUGAGCUGAAUGAAAAAAACAUUGAGGAUGUCAUCACCCAGGGUGUUGGCAAGCUUGCUAGUGUGCCUGCUGCUGGUGGCUCUGUGACUGUUUCUGCUGCCCCUGGCUCUGCAGCUCCUACUGCUAGUUCUUCCCCCGCCGCAGCAAAGGAGAAGAAAGACUAGAAGAAGGAAGAGUCCAAAGAGUCAGAUGAUGACAUGGGAUUUGGCUUGUUUGAUUAAAUUCCUGUUCCCCUGCAAAUAAAGCCUUUUUAUGUAUCUUGGAAAAAA